CGCAGCUAGAUUUCCCAGCUUCCACACUGUUCCAGCUCCGUCAGCGCUGUCCGUUAGCAGUGUUAGCUGUCGGCUAACGGUCAGGACUGCAGACUGAGACUGGAGGAGAAGAGGAGAAGAGGAGCACCGGUUAUGAGGAGCACUCGGGUCGCUGAAAGUUGCUCAGUUUAGGCACAUUUUCUGGACUUUCAUGUACGAAAAGACACUAAGAAAUACAGUGCGGUUUGUGGGUCAUGUCGUCGCUCCAGAGCCAGACUUUUGUUUAGGAUUUUGGAGCGUGGAAUAGCGGCGCGACAGCUCUUGGAGCUACAACCAGGACACCAACUAUUUUUAAUUGGCUUUCAGGCUCAAUGGCUGCAAUGGCUGCUGUGGCUGUGGAGUGUUUUUCCCUGUCAUAGCGACAGUCAGAGGGGAAACUAACACCGGGGAGGAGAAGCAGAGAGACGGCGAGCUGAGGAGCAACCUUCCCGGGAGGUUCAUGACAAACCAAAGCCCGAAUUUUAACGCCUGAUUCGGGGUAAAAGAAGAGGCGAAGAUGAAGAAGCAGUUUAACCGCAUGAAACAGCUCGCAAACCAGACAGUCGGCAGGGCAGAGAAAACAGAAGUCCUCAGCGAUGACCUCCUCCAGAUCGAACGGCGGAUGGAGUUGGUGCGUGUGGUGUCCCAUAACACACACAAGAGGAUGGUGUCGUGUCUCCAAGGACACAUCGGUGCGGAUGCAGAGAAACGACAUUCCGUACCUCGCCUGUACACGGGAAAUGGUCAGAAAAAACUCCCCCUCACGGCACUUUCACAAGCCAUGGUGGAAGGAGGAAGUCAGCUGGGAGAGGACUCUCUGAUAGGGAAGAUGAUGGAAGUGUGUGGUGAUGCAGAGAACCGUCUGGCCUCAGAACUGAUGCAACAUGAGCUGCAGAUAGAGAAGGAUGUUCUGGACCCUCUCAGUCAGCUGGCUGAGGUGGACGUCCCCAACAUCCUGAAGCAGAGGAAACAACUGGCUAAGUUGGUGCUUGACUACGAUUCUGCCAGAGCGAGGUGGUUGCAGGCGACCAAGUCAAUAAUCUCAGGAACAAACACACAAGCACUGACGGCCAAAGCUGACCUGCUGAAGGAGGAAGUGGACGAGGCCAUGAACAAAGUGGAGCUCUGCAAGGAUCAACUGGCUGCAGACAUGUACAGUUUCUCCUCAAAGGAAGGCGACUAUGCCCGCUACUUUGUAACGCUCUUAGAAGCUCAAGCUGAAUACCACAGAAAAUCUCUCACUCUCUUAGAGAGUGUUUUGCCAACCAUCCAAGCUCAGCAAGACUCGUGGACCGAGAAGCCUGCGUUUGGCACGGGCCUGGAUGAACACCUGAAGAGGAGUGGAAGAGAGAUCGCUCUGCCGAUUGAAGCCUGCGUCAUGAUGCUUCUAGAGACAGGCAUGAAGGAGGAGGGUCUAUUCAGAAUCGCAGCAGGAGCGUCAAAGUUAAAAAAACUGAAGGCGGCCCUGGACUGUUCCACUUCACAACUGGAAGAAUUUUACUCAGACCCUCAUGCUGUUGCUGGAGCACUGAAGUCCUACCUGAGAGAGCUCCCUGAACCUCUGAUGACCUACCAGCUGUAUGAUGAAUGGAUCCAGGCGUCCAGUGUGUCGGACCCUGACAAGAGGCUGCAGGCUCUCUGGGUGGUUUGUGAUAAGCUACCAAAGAACAACAAAACCAACCUGAGGUACCUGGUGAAGUUUUUGGCCAAACUGGCUCAGGACAGUGAGUUGAACAAAAUGACCCCCAGCAACAUCGCAAUUGUCCUGGGUCCUAAUCUGCUGUGGACCAAGACUGAGGGGAGUCUGGCUGAAAUGGCUGCUGCUACCUCCGUGCAUGUGGUGGCCAUCGUAGAGCCCAUCAUCCAGCACGCUGACUGGUUCUUCCCUGACGAUGUCGAGUUCAACGUGUCAGGCAUGUUUGCGAUGCCCACCCCAGCGUCCAACCACAACAACCACCUGGACUAUGAGAGUGGAACCAUUGAGAGGAAGAGGCCCGGCAGCAUGAUGGGCCCGGAGAACGACGGCACACGCAAGGACAACACCCCUAACAAGCACCCUGACCACGCCCUCCGUAGAGGCAGUAACACCUUAGGUAGAAAACAGCACACGUCACCUGCCUUCCAGCCUCCUUUACCCCCCGUGGAGACUCUGGGGCAGGGCCUCGUGGCUGGGCAGGUUCCCAUCCAGGCCCAGCCUCAGCCCCAGCCUCCAGCAGAGUCUCAGCCCCAGCAGCAUCCUGCUCGGGGGGGUUCGGGCACUGACACGGGUCAGCAUAGCCUGGCACAGGGGUUGGCUGCUCUCGAAGCCGCCCAGCAGCUUCUAGCCCAGCACACUGAGGAGCUAAGCAACCCAAAAGUGCGUGAUCCCACAUCAGCUCCAACACCUCAUCUUCAGAGAAAUGGUUCAGGAGCAGGAGGUGGGGGCCAGACUGCAGGACAGCUGGGAUCAGGGGCCUCGGGGACCGGAUCCAUGGGGCCCAGUCCUCACAUGAUGCGUAAAGGUACCAAGAAGCAGGCACCAGCUCCACCCAAACCCACCAACCCCCCUCCUUGCCAGCCCUGUAAUUCAGUCAACCACACCUCCUCUUCUGCAUCCUCCUCCUCUUUGUCCCAGCCCCUCAGCCCAACACCCAGACCUCUGUCCAGCCACUCCCCAACCUCUCCCAACUCUCAGCCCUGUGUCACACCCAGACGCCUCUCCAGCAACCAAAUGCCCAUCCAUGCGCCCAGUCACCCCCCCCCAGAGCCUCCCACUCAGGCCAGCCCUCCGCCUGGACAGACCAUCGCAGAUCAGCAGAGCGCAGAUGCCUCGCCCCCGGGGACACCCACACCUCCUGACACCCCUCCACCCUCCACCGCCAACCAAGACACCGGCCCUCCUCCGUCACCUUCCCCCUACCAGACUGGCUCUCUCCCUCGACCCAGGCCUGUACCCAAACCCAGGAACAGACCCAGCGUCCCGCCCCCUCCUCAGCCUGUCUCUCUGUCCAGUGAUGCUAACGGAAUCUGUGCUACUGCCUACAAGAUGAUGGACCCGGCCAUGAUGUUCAAAGGUCUGAGUCGAGCGUUUGUCCCGGAGUUGGCUGCAGACCAGCAGCCAGCCACAUCCUCCUGCUUGUCCACCACCUCCUCUUCUGCCAUCUCCUCAUCCUCCUUCCUGCCUCAUCCCAAAGACUGUGACCUGGACACAGAGAGCACUGUCUUGUAAGGGUCUGUAGAGGGCGACACUGACCGAUCUGCUAAGGUCCAGUAACACCACAGAUAGUAUCCUACAUGCGCCCCCUACAGCCCCAGUUCUGCUCAAAGCUACGCAAUACCACAUCCCCUGGUGGUCACGAUGGUCAUAGGAAUGUAUUGAUAAACUUUUUUUUAUUUAAUGAAUAUUCUUUAAUUUUCCUGGUUUUCAGUCAGAAGAACACAUUUGGUUAAAAUCUAAAAGGUUUCAAAUUAUUGGCACCGAUUCUUUGUGAAGUUUAAAAUAAAAUAAUAUACAUCUUUAUUUUCUAUAACUUUUCACAGAUAAUAUGACAUAUUUGGGAGUGGGAUACACAAAUGUUUUUAAAGUUAUUAAUAGUAGUUUAAAAACAAUAUUUAAAAAUUAAAUGUAUUUAUUGCAAUAGUUAACAAUUUGGGUUUGUUUGUUUUUUUCAAACAAAACAAGCAAUCCAAAAAGAUCCAGUUCCGACCAGCCAUUCUGUACUUCUACAGUAGUGUAUCAUUUGAACAGCUGUGUCUGUAUAUGAGGUAAUGACGUCAUGCCAGCAAUGACUUUACAAUUGUUGUCAGUGACAUCAUCAAAGACAGUCACUACCUCAUACAUCCACACUUCAAACAGCCUGACCCCUUGACCUCCAGGAAGGUGCUGUGUAGUUUUGAGAAGACCAUUUUAGAGCUGCACACACCACACUGCCCCCUACAGGAGAAGCUCCAGACAAUCAGCAGUGCAAAGAACCCAGCAUUUUCCUGGAAAACUUUGGACUCAGAUGCGUGAAUAUGAAGAGUUUCUGGACAAUGAAGAACGGUUCUGGUGCAUUAGGUUGGAAAAAUGAAACCAAUGUGAACCAGGGUUGGCUCUUGAGUUUGAUAUGAGGCCUUUUCUUUACUCUUGGUGAAUGGCCUUAGGAGACAAACCCGAUGUUUCCACAUUAUUGUAGCCUCUGCAGGUGAAGUCUAAACCAAAACUCUCGUUGUGUGUAGCUGGUGACUGCUGCAGGAUUCCAGUCGUCCCACAGACUUCUUCUCCUGUUGUUAUUUUUUUUCCCAAGAACCUCCCCACAAACACAGACUCCUCCCACCUCCUACUCCUCCUCUUGUAUUUAUUUACCAAACACACAUUCCUACUGGCUUUAUGUCAUUAACACAGACCUUUAAAAAACACGCCUUAUAUCGGUUCCUGCUGGACCUAAUGUUUUAUGAAGCAAAUACACAUUUACUGUAAGGAGGAACAUGUUUCAGUUCUACAGUAUUUCCUGGAAGUUGUCUUAGGAAACAUGACGUUUCAGGGAUGUGAGGAAAGUUUAUUUUGACUGUGUGUUACUACAGUGGGUUUUUUUCUUUUGCAAGAUUAUUUUUUAUAUUUAAAUUUGUUGAUUUCUUUUUUUCUUCUUUUUUUUGGUUGUUGUUGUUCGGGGAAGUAUCUUAGGGCUGAACUCCAGGCCUGAAGGCAGUCAGUAUUUAGCCUUUCUCUUUCUUUCUCUUCCAUCUGAAGCUGUGUUUUUGUCAGGGACAGAACACAAACAAACAGGCUGUGUGUGAGUGAAUGUAGUGAGUGGAGAUGUGUUGUUAGUUUUUUUAUUUUUAACAGCCUUUUCUUCCUGAACAGAAGGAUUACAGUAGAAAGGCAGAUAUUGCACUUAAACACAGGCCAUUAAGUCGUUUCCUAUGGUGGAGUUUUUUUGUUUUUGUCAUUUUCAGUCUUUCUCACUGAGCUGAGAUCACACAGGGCUGUGAAACAUCAGUAGUGAUGUAGAGAAAGAUGAGGAAGGAAAUGUCUUUUUUGUAUUUUUUUAUUUCAGCUUAGCUUUGCAGCCUCAAAUGUAAUGCAGAGUUUGGUUCCUGGACUUGUCACGGUACCGAUGGAGAGAGUCUCGGAUGCUGAAGUCGCUUUGAAAAACCUCAGCGAGUCGUGUUAUAGGGCUUGGAAAGAGUUUCCCUGUACCUUGCUGCCUUAUGCCUUGUGCGUCCAGAGGGCUCUGCAUCUGAAUGCUCUUUAAAUAAAAGAUAAAAACAAAUGCCAUUUAAAGUAAACUAGAAAUGUCAUUGCUGCAAUUUUAAGCUCCAUAGUUUUGUAUGUAUGCUGUCUGUGAAAUAAAAAAACUGUAUGUAAUAUGAAUGCUUGGUUAUAUCCUUUCCAAAGAAAUAAAGUAUAAGAAAAAACAACGU